AUGGGACUGUGGUAUGCUGCGGGCCUGCCCGAGAGCUUCAAGUUGCACCUCACCUCAGCAGAGAUCUGCAAAACAGGGACCUACGAUGUCUUGACGGUCUAUGACACCCCUAGCAUGUAUGUCACUAACAUAGGCAUGCCCCCGGAGGUGCCGAACCCGGGAGAAAAGCUCGAACGUUAUGCUAUGUACCUUUCCACUCCAUCAGGCUGGGAUGAAGCCCUCAUCAUAGGGUCCAUUGCUCACGAACUCGGGCAUGCAUUCGGGCUCGUACACGAGCACCAAGAUCCCGCUCUAUGGAGGCCAAAUGAUCAAGGGCCCUGGAUCUUUGAAUUCCACUGUAGAAACCUGGCAGACUUUGAAGAGAAGACUAGGGGGAAAACUGAGGAAGAGAUCUGGGGACCUGAAGGUCUGUGUGUGAAUUUUAAAACUGCCGCACAGGCUGGAUUCAGUGCAUUGAAUUUUCUGCCCUAUCCAGGGGACAUCAUCGGACCACGUGGGUUUUGGCCACACAUCGACGACGUCGAUUGGGAUUCGAUCAUGCUAUACUCGUCUAUCACCGGUGGAACCCUAACGAAGGGCCCUGUUUUGACUACGUACGACGGAAAAGUCUGGGAGGCGAACAACGUGCCUUCUGCUGGAGAUGUGGCUGGAUUGGUAGAGAUGUAUAACUCGCCAUUUGCGAACAACUGGGAGCCCUUUUGGCUCGAUCCAAGAAGCCCUCAAUUCGAAAUGUUCCAGCAAUACAGCUCAUGCGGCGUGAUGGAAUUGGCUUGGAAUCCUGGGCUGAAAAAAGAUUGCGAGCACCCUCUGGUCGACUACUGGGUCUGCGUGGGAAUCCCAGGCGGCUCUGGUAUGACUCUGGUCUACCCCACUGGCUCGUCGAACGUUUCCAUUCCUCCAUACGCCUCCUGGACUCCGACCCAAACUCGAAACAUUACCUUCGAGCCAGUUGUCCCUGCCCCGACACAAGCUGGUCUAGUCUCGAGCUGCCAGUCCUUCUACAAGGCUGCUCCGAAUGAUACGUGCGAUAACAUUCUACUCAAACACGGUCUACUGAAUGAAAAGCUUCUUCAUCAGUGGAACCCUGCUCUCAAGGAUGACUGUUCCGGUUUGAGACCAGGGUAUUACUACUGCAUCGCUGCCUAUGACAACCUCCCACUUCCUCCACAUGUUACCACUCCGCCCCAUCCAACGCCGCAGGGCACAGCGAAGAAUUGCACCGCCUGGUACCAGGCUGACAAGGAAGAUACCUGCAGCUUGAUUGUGACCAUGUUUGGCACCUUCUCGCGGGAGCACCUGGAUAUUAUUACUGUGUUGGUGAUGCAGCCACCCCCUCAACUCGCACUGCAAAGCUUCCUGCACCUUCCGAUUUUCCCACCACCUAUCCUCAUCAACCUCGAGUAA